AUGGAGAAUAGAUAUCAGCAGAUCAAAAUUGCAGAAGUUAACAUGAAAGAGUUUCAAGAGGAAACCUUACAGAUAGGUCCGUCCCGUUUCAACUUUAAGCUGGUUAGGUCACAGGUCGAAAGCUAUAUUAGUGAUGGCUUUGACGUUAUUCUCAUUUACGGGCUCUAUGCACUUUAUGACAAGGAGCUUUUGAAUAUGGGUUCAAUUAAGAUUUUCAUUGACUGUGAUGCCGACAUAAGGUUGGGCAGAUGGAUCAAAAGAGAUCUCUUAUCUUCCAAUUUGUCUAAAUCCAUCUCAAAGGCCGAUAAAAGUAUGAUGCUCAAAAAUCUAUUAACACGGUACUUGAGCGAGUCUCGAAUAGAGAUGAGUGAAUUCGUUUCUCGGACGAAGGAAUAUGCUGAUAUCGUUCUUCCAAGAGGGGCAGAACCCACCGGGAUCUCACUGAUUGUUGACGGGAUACAACACCUAAUAAGGAAUGAGAGCGAAAUGAGCAGUGAUCAUCCGAUCCGAUUUCAGACUUCAGAACCAGUGAAAGACGUCAUUACAUCUAAGAAAAAAGACAUUACAAUUGAGGCACUAAGCAAUGAUAAUUUUGAAAGCCGGAACAAAAGAUUCUACGAUCUGAACUAA